AUGCGGAGGAAAUCAUCAUUAUAUGCUCCAUCCAUACGUCGCUCCGGUGAGCCAGGAGCAAACUUCAAGCCAACCUCCUCCCAAGUCCAAACGAAGAGACCUCAAGUCGCGAACCCACCGUCACAGCACUCAUAUCAGGCCCAAACCCGGAACAAUUCACACAACAACCCACAGCCUACACAAACACCAAGUACAUCUUCGCAGUAUGCACGCUUGAUACCUCCCACCAAUACUCCUACAAUACACCACACUGCUACAACAUCCGAAACACACCAUCAGUCAAGCAUUGCGCUUCUGUCUACCGCUAUCGUGAAACUUGGUGAUCGUCACGGAAACACCGUAUUUGCGCGCGCUUUGCUGGACAACGGUUCACAGAUCUGUAUUAUGUCCGAGUCGUUGUCUCAGAAGUUGAAGUUCCAGCGAGAUCGAGAAAAUUUGCCUGUGAAAGGUGUGGGUGGUUGUUCGUCUGUCAGCAAGCAAGCAGUGUUAGCUACAAUUUCUUCGUGCAAUUCGUCGUACGUGUCGUGUGAACUGAAGUUCUAUGUGCUGUCGAAGAUUACGUCGAACCUGCCGCAGCAAAGCUUCGAUAUUUCCUCGUGUCAUUUACCGGAGGGAAUUUCUUUGGCGGAUCCAAACUUCAACGAGUCUGGGGCGGUUGACGUGAUUUUGGGUGCGGUUAUCUUCUACGACCUCCUGUUGGACUCACAGCGAAAGCUCCCUGGUUCGGGAUUGAUUCUUCGGAACACACAGCUGGGAUGGAUUGUUGCCGGAAGUAUUCCAGAUGCCUCUGUGGUCAGCUACAACAUGAUAGCCUCUGCGCCUGUGACUACGGAAGAACUCCGUGAGGAACUAGCGAGGUUCUGGGAGCUGGAAUCAUGUCGCACGAAGAGCUGUCUGUCCAUCGAGGAGUCUGCAUGCGAAGCUAUUUUUAAGGAGACAACUACCAGAGAUUCAGAUGGCAAAUUUCGAGUAACGCUGCCGAAGAGAACGAACAUGAUCGAGAAGUUGGGAAAAUCGAAGCUGAUAGCGAAGAAACGUUUCCUGUCAAUGGAGAAACGGUUGGACGCCAACACAGAAAUGAAGGCGCUAUACACAGCUUUCAUGCACGAAUACUUGCAAAUGGGUCACAUGCAAGAAGUCGUAAACGGCAGCGAAGAUGAAGUUUCUACUCAGGAAUAUUAUAUCCCGCACCACGCAGUGCUGAAGCCCGACAGCACGACUACAAAACUAAGAGUAGUUUUCGAUGCAUCCUGCGCUACUGAUUCUGGUGUGUCAUUGAAUGACGUCUUGAUGGUGGGACCUGUUGUUCAAGAUGAUCUCCGAAGUAUCCUGUUGCGGUUUCGCAUGUUUAAAUAUGCUAUUGUUGGAGACGCGGAGAAAAUGUACCGGAUGGUAUGGCAAAGCGAGCAGGAUCAGCAGCUGGACAAAAUAUUCUGGAGAAAUACGUCCCAGGAGCCAUUGCGGACGUUUAAGCUCACCACUGUGACGUAUGGUACGUCAUCAGCACCCUACCUGGCUACUCGGUGCCUCAACCAGUGUGCCGAAGAAGGAGCGGAUCGCUAUCCCGUUGGAUCUAGGGUGGUCAAACGGAGCUUCUAUAUGGACGACAUGCUAGCAGGAUCGCAUACAAUCGAAGAAGGCAUUCUACUGUGCAAGGAAGUUCUGGAGCUUCUUAAGGGGUCAGGAUUCAACCUGAGAAAGUGGAAUUCCAACAAUUCGCAGAUUUUGAGAACGAUUCCUUCCCAUCUGAGAGACGAUCGUGAACUUCUGGACUUGGACGAGAAGACAACUGUCAAGACGCUGGGCAUUACCUGGGAGCCAGCUACCGACACGCUAUGGAUCAAAGUUCCUGAUUUGAGGCCAAGUGAGCCAAUCACGCACCGUGUGGUGCUAUCAGAGAUAGCUCGUUUGUUUGAUCCAUAUGGGUUAGUUGGUCCGGUGGUGGUCCAGGGGAAAAUAUUCCUUCAAGAGUUGUGGAAGGGAAAAUACUCGUGGGAUGAGCCACUCAGCGAAGAACUUCAGUCACGAUGGUUGCAGUUCAGAGCCAAUCUUCGAGAGUUGGACACGGUAUCUGUUCCUCGGUGGAUCGGUUUAGGUAAAGACAUUAUCUCGUGCGAGUUCCAUGGAUUCAGCGAUGCAAGCGAUAAGGCGUACGGUGCAGCGGUUUUUUUGCGCUGUAUGGAUCGAAACGGAAAUAUUACCGUCAACCUGCUUAUGGCAAAAUCUAGGAUUGCGCCAUUGGAGGAUCUCAGCAGAAGAAAGAAAAGGCAGUCCACGCCCAGGCUGGAGCUAUCUGCAGCGCUACUGUUGGCGCACUUAUACGAAUCUGUCUCAACCAGCAUGGCGAUUGAAGCGAAGUCAUUCUUCUGGACUGAUUCUACAAUUGUCAAAUGCUGGAUUUCCUUACACCCGUCAAGAUGGCAAGCUUUCGUGGCCAACCGUGUAUCGGAGAUACAGCACACCACAAAGGAUGGUGCUUGGAACCAUGUUCCGGGGAUCGACAAUCCUGCGGAUAUAAUAUCGAGAGGAGCAACUCCAGCUCAAAUAGCUGACAGUUCCCUGUGGUGGACUGGUCCAGAUUGGUUGAAAAUGGAUACACAGUAUUGGCCAGUAAGCACGCUGGCUCCAGAACAGCAAUUCGAUUCGGUGACCCUGGAGGAAAGACCGCUACUGUCAGCCGUUCUUCAGAUUCUGCCUCCGAAUGAAAUCUUCACGUUGCGAUCGGCUCUGCUGAAUACUAUUUAUUUUUUUUAUUUAUUUGCCGUCAAUCAAAUGUAG